AUGUUGGAGCGAUGGUUGCUGCAAAGUUGUCUCGGCAUCCUCACCGUGGCCAGACUGGAUGUUUGCUCAGUCCCAGCCGAUGCGAGCGUCCUCACGAGCAAGGAGGUGGACCAGCUGGACCUUCUGUCUUGGCAAUCCCCGCGGCUGCUACCGGCAACCCCUGCCCGCAAGAAGCUGGCUAGCAAGCUCUUGCCUGCAACGAAGGCGAUGUUGCAGACAACCGAGACUGAGUUGCGGAAACACCUGGCAGGGGCGGAGCGAACAGACGGAAGGAAAUUCUCUGGGACGGCUGUGCAGGGCUGGAACAGCUCUCACCCGGGGACUGAGAGCUUCAGAGCCGGCUACACACAGAUCCUCUCGGGUCUAGAGCUGUUUCUGCCUGCUGCAGCUGAAGUAGCAGCCAUCAUUGCCAACCAAACUGGGCUAUCUUCUGUGUCCGUCAGCUCAUACGCCCAUCCCACUCAGGGAGAGCCCAUAUGCGUGCAUGCAGAUGCUCAUGACACUUUCAUUUUGCAGAUCCAGGGAUGCCGCGUUUGGAAACACUGGCACGGGCCAUCCCUCAAGGAGAGCCAUUUGGUGAAGCAUCCAGGAGAGCUGGGGCUUGGAAACUCCAGCUCCCGCUGCCUCAAUGACAGCUUGGGCUUUUCUUCCAGAAGCCUGGAGCUCCACACGGGAUCCUUGCUGCGAUUGCCCCGGGGCAUCGCCCACCAAACCAGCAGUUGUGGUCAGGGCCCUUCCAGCCACUGGGCUAUUAUGGCCGCUCGCAUCAGUGCAGCUAGCGUGUUACUGGAUGUGGCGGCUUCUAGCCGAAAACUUGACGUCCAUGGCGAGCUACUAUCAGUGCUAGGAAAGGACACUGACCUCACUAAGAGGCUAUGGCAGGGUCUGCAGCUCACAAGCUAUGACGGAAUAGAUUUGACGAAGCACGUGGAGAUCCUGGCAGAUGGGCUGCUCGCCCUUCUGGACGAAGCCAUACCAGGCCCUUGGCCCGCGCUGGACCGACGGUCUGUGUCUACCCGGCUGAAGGAAGUCUUGCAGCACGGUCCUCAAGGCAGUGCGCUGGCUCCGCCCGGUGAUUGCCGGACGGGUCCUCUCGGCCGCUUUCUUGUCAAAACUAGACGGAUUGAGCUCUGA